GACUCUUCUCAUUGCUCUCGUUUUUCCUUCCCUCGAUACCUCGCUUUUCUUUCAUUUCCUUUCUCUCUAAGCAACUCUUCUCUCACAUGCAUUCUCAUUCUAUUCUUAACAUUGAAAUCAAUUACUCUCCGUCCUAGCUCAGCCCGCCCCGGUCCGAGCCCAUCAAAUGCAUUCUCUCACCACCCCUACUAUUGCCACCAAAGCCGACGCCGCCGCAGUAGCUCCGCUUCAGUCCCUUCUUGACAUAAUCACAAACCUCGUCUCUCUCCUCCUCCUCUCAUCUCUCAGCGUCCGAUCGUUCGUCGGACGGUGGCAGAUCCUCCGUACCAAACUCAUUUCUCUUCAGUCUUCUCUCUCCUCCAUUUCCGACUCCCCUCACUGGAGUGAGAACCCGCUUCUUCACACUCUCCUCCCUUCACUUCUCUCAACUCUCCAGCGCCUCAAAGCCCUCUCCGACCAAUGUACUCUCAGUUCCUUCACCGGCGGGAAGCUAUUAAUGCAGAGCGACCUCGACAUCGCUUCCACUUCACUCUCUAACCAUCUUCGUGAUAUUGAUUUGUUACUCAGAUCUGGAGUCCUCUACCAAUCAAAUGCUAUUGUUCUCUCGCAGCCAGGUCCCGCCUCUGAUAAAGAAGACUUAGUGCUGUUUAUCAAAGAUCUUUUCACAAGAUUGCAAAUCGGUGGUGUCGAGUUCAAAAAGAAAGCUCUAGAAUCACUGUUGCAGCUACUAAUUGAUGAUGAGAAAUCAGCGUGUUUGGUUGCUAAAGAAGGGAACAUCGGAUACUUGAUUACUUUACUUGAUUUUCACCAUCAGGGUUUGAUUCGAGAACAGGCGGUUUUGGGUCUAUCAAUUGUGGUCUCAGCGAGUGAUGAGUCAAGAAAGAUUGUGUUUGAGGAAGGAGGACUCGGUCCUUUGUUAAGAGUUCUUGAAACAGGGUCUAUGAUCCUGAAAGAAAAAGCUGCGAUUGCUAUUGAGGCUAUAACCAUCGAUCCUGAAAACGCCUGGGCUGUUUCAGCAUACGGCGGCGUUUCGGUCUUGAUGGAAGCGUGCCGAUCUGGAUCGGUCGCUACUCAGACACAUGCAGUGGGGGCGAUUAGGAAUAUUGUGGCCGUGGAAGAUAUUCAAACUACUCUAGCUGAAGAAGGCGCUGUACCGGUACUGGUCGAGUUAAUGGCUUCAGAUUCUAAUAGUGCAAAAGAAAAUGCAGCUCAUUGUAUAGCCACACUCGCUUCUUCAGGUGAGUACUUCCGCGUUUUGAUUAUUCGAGAACGAGGGUUAGAAAGACUGAUGCAUUUGAUUCAAGAUUCUUCGUCAAGUUUAGCUACAGUCGAAAACUCUUUGCGUGCAAUCAGUUCACUUUCUUUAUCAGAUUCCGCGGCAAGAAUCUUGUCAUCUUCAACCUCAUUUAUAAUCCAACUGGGGGAAUUUGUCAAGAAGGGGAACAUGUUAUUACAGCAAAUUUCGUCUUCAUUGAUUGGUAACUUAUCUAUCAGUGAUGGUAACAAGCGAGCUAUUGCAAACUGUAUGGGGUCUUUAGUGAAACUAAUGGAGUGUCCGAAGCCGGUGGGGUUACAAGAGGCGGCAACACAAGCGAUUGUGUCAGUGUUGACCGUGAGGUCGAAUCGGAAAGAGCUGGUGAGGGAUGAGAAAAGCGUGAUGAGAUUGGUGCAGAUGUUGGAUCCGAAAUAUGAGGCUGUCAAUAAAACGUUCACAGUGAUGGUGGUUGCGGCGGUGUUGAGUGGAGGAAGUAACGGGUGUAGAAAGAGAUUGGUGGCUGCUGGAGCUUAUCAGCACUUGCAGAAGUUGGCGGAGAUGGAGGUCGCCGGAGCCAAGAAGGUUUUGCAGAGACUCGCCGGGAAUCGGCUCAAGAGUAUUUUCAGCCGGACUUGGAGGGAAUAAUUGAAAGAAAAAAACUAACCCCGCCAACUCAGACGUUGCUGAUUUACAAAGGUGUACCUGAUGCUACAUCUAUAACCCACCAAUGCUUUAGGAGCUUUAUUGCUUCCUUGGUGACGGUCAUGGAAAUCAAUGGUAAUUAGUAUAGUCUUUAGUUUCGCUUCAUCAGAUUUUGGUAGGGGACCCCCCCCCCUUUCCUCAUGCUUAGUUUUGAGUUGUAUGAUCACUGCAUCACAAGUCGUAAUUCAUGGAUCAAACGGUACUGAUGUCAUUGGAAUCUGAAAAGAGAAAAAGAAGAGGAAGGCUCGGCGCAGAUAUAGGGAAGUGAGGAAUUGGGGGUCCCCAGGCCAGGGAUGUCACAUGGGAAAGAAUUUACAACUACAUAUAGAUAUAAUAAGAUGGAAGAUGUGUGGACCAUUUCAUUGUCACAUGCUCGUUUUUGUAAACGAAGGAAUGGGUACCCGUGCCCUACUCUACUCUGCAUCUGAUACGACUAAAGAAAAGUGAAUAACUUUUUCUUGUUAUAUUUCUCGUGAUAUUGAUGUCUCUCUUUAAAGCUGCUGCAUAAACCAAGCUGUAAAGCUUCACACUUCGUUUCACGGUUUCUUAUUUUUCCCGCCAUUGUUCUCAUGGUUGCGUUUACUAUGCUUCCUUCUACUUUCAUUGAUGCUUUCAACCAUGUAUAUUCCGAUUCCUCCAGCUAUCUUAGCUAUGCCAUUUCAAGUGUUAUCUUGUUUACAAGUUAGUUUCUAUAAUAUUGCUGUUUCAACUUUGCAGCAAAGUGUUGGAAUAAUUAACCAUUUUUGCUUUUCUUGGGCAUCCACUGAUAUUAGUUGGUGUUUAUUUGGCAAACAUAAAAU